GCCAGCGCCAUUUUGCCUGUCACAGGAACAGAACAACAACCGCAUUCCAGGACACCGGGCUUUUGCCGAAAUGGCAGUGUGAACGUGUGCAGCGACCUUGCAGCCUCCAACAAAACAGUGCAUCCAACCAGUGCACUGAGUCACUUCUAAUUCAGCGAAAAUGUCGUCCCACGUGGAAACCCUCAGCACUGCUGCACGCGACAGCAUAAAAGAGUUUGGUGGCCUCAGAGCACUGUCACGCACUCCAUUUGUGACCAACAACAGUCACUAUGACCAUGAUGAUGACAAACUCACAGUUUGGCCUGGAAGACAUGGAGGCCCUACUAUGGGAGCCUUCCUUUCCCAUGGCUGACGCCGUGGGCUCGGUUGCGCUUCACUCUGACCUAGAGGACCAUCACAAAGGAGGACCAACCUCUGUGGAUGGAAUGGCAGCCCCAGUGUCACCUUUUAACUCUUCAUCUCAGUCUUCUUCCGCUUCUCCCCCAACCUUCUAUUCUCCCCCACACUCCCCGCCGGUUGUCCAAGGGAAAUCUGGGAUUUCAUCUGACGUGCUCCCCUGGUUGGCCAACCCUGGUCAGUUGAGAGAUGCCGAGGUGGUUUCAGGCGAUAGAAAAGAUGAUGUGUUUGGUGAGCUGAAGUGGAUGGCUGAAAGGGUGGAUCUGAGCGACUUUGACCUGGAUUCUCUGAUAGGCUCCUGCAGCCCAGACGACGAGUCUCCCAGCGACCCGGAUGACUUCCUGGCCUCCCUUGAGCUUGACUCGCUCCCGCUCCCAGCUCUUUCAAGUCUCGCCUCUACUUCUUCACCAGAUAUUCCUCACGCCCCCGCUGAUUCACUUGUUAACACACCAGAGCCUGCGUCCCACAAUGAGUGUGGUGUUCCCUCCACUGCCGCAUCUAUUCCAGAGCCUCAAGGGGAGUUUGAAAUCAAAUCAGAGCCAAGCGCCGCUGCCUCCCCUGCUUACACCCUGGACCUGGGCAGCGAAGUGGAUGUCCCCAUGAGUGAGACGAACCCAACGGCAGCAGCGGUGGUUCCUCAGGUUCAGAGGGUUGUGAUUUCCCUUUCACCUACCAGGAUUGUCCUUGUGCUAGCUCCGAAAGAUGACGCAGGGAUCCCCACCUCUGCAUCCACCGGGUGCGACACUAAUCAUUCCUCCCUUCCUCCGCGGUCCUCCAGAAGCCGCCCAUACCCUGACCCUAAGCGAAAAGAAAGCCUGUCUUUGUCCACAGUCAAAGUCAAGUCAUUCCCAAGUUCAUGUGCAGAUGAAAGAGCAUCCUCAAAGGCGCCAAAGAACAAGAAACAGAAGAAGAUGGAGCAGAAUAAGACGGCAGCGACUCGGUACCGGCAGAAGAAGAGGGCCGAGCAGGAUGCCCUGUUGACGGAGCACACGGUGCUGGAGAGGAAGAACGUGGAGCUGAAAGAGAAGGCGGAAUCUAUGGCCAGAGAGAUUGAGUACCUCAAGGAGCUCAUGGAGGAAGUCCGUGUGGCAAGAUUAAAGAGCGGCCCCUAGUGUUGAGCACUGAAGAUGUAGGCGUGUCACGGAGAGUUGGAGCAAUUUCUGCUCAGUUGUUUUCAUCUGUUGCAAACGUAAUCUGUACUAUGUCAUUUGUGCACAUUAUAUCCUGGUUUUGAGUAUCUCAUUUCUAACAUUGCUUUUAUCUUUAGAAUAUAUGUUAAGACUAGCAAGCACAGCUAACAUUGCUCUUACCUUUUAGAACGUAUGUAAGACUAGCAAGCACAGCGCAAAUGAACAUCCUUUGCAUGUUUCUCCAUUGACUCUGGGCCUUGUACAUUCGAGUUGGUCCUUUUUAUUUAAUGUUUUAAAUAUGUACUGAUAAAUGAACAUGAAUAAGGUUUUAAUAAAGAAGACAUUAAAUUC